GUUCUCUUUCGCACAGCAUCAGCCUUGAGGAGAAGAGAGGCUGCGCCACCCAGCGCCUAACCCUAACCCCAACUUUUUGACUCGUUUGUCGAUCUCUGCUUCGCUAUGGCUGACAAUGAGGAGGUGAUGGCCGACGCCCCAGCUGAGGCGACGGCCGCCGCAGAGCCCGCGCUCGGGGAGCCCAUGGACAUCCUCACAGGGUUGCAGAUCGUUUUGAAGAAGGCGCUCGCUCACGACGGCCUCGCCAAGGGUCUUCACGAAAGCGCCAAGGCCAUCGAGAAGCACGCCGCUCAGCUGUGCGUGCUCGCCGAGGACUGCAACCAGCCUGACUACACCAAGCUUGUGCAGGCUUUGUGCCAGGAGCACAACGUGAACCUUAUCUCUGUCCCCAGCGCCAAGAAGCUCGGUGAAUGGGCUGGUCUCUGCAAGAUCGACUCCGAGGGAAAGGCUCGCAAGGUUGUUGGAUGCUCCUGCGUAGUGGUGAAGGAUUACGGUGAAGAAACCGAGGGACUUAAUAUCGUGAGGGAGUACGUCAAGAGUCAGUAGACAUGGCUGCUUCUGGAUGGUUUGCGUAGGGUUGCGAGUUUUAGUUGCCCGCACGGGCGUUGUAGCUGGUGAGCCUGCGCAGUUGCACUCUGAAACAAUGGUUAUCGAACUUCACUGAUUUAAGAAACUUACUUAUUACUCGUCGACUCUAA